AAUCGUGAAGGCGAAGGAGAAGAAGAGAAGAAGAGAGAGGGAGGAAGAAACGGCGCCGUGUUGAGGUUGGUAAUUUCCGUGUCUCUGUGUCUCUUGGCUUCUCUUUUCUUCUGUUGCUGUCUGAAGAUUCUGUGUUUUGUGUUCUGAGUGGAGAUAAGACUUUAAGAAGAGUGAAAGAUGGUGAUGGAUUCAUCAAAAUGGUGGUGGAUUGGAAACCACAACACGACAAAUUUCUCUCCAUGGCUUCACACUACUCUCUCCGAGUUGGAUGAGAAGACAAAGGAUAUGCUGAGAGUGAUCGAUGAGGAUGCGGACUCUUUCGCCGCGCGAGCUGAGAUGUAUUACAAGAAAAGGCCCGAGCUCGUUGCUAUGGUCCAAGACUUCUACCGCUCGCAUCGCUCCUUAGCCGAGAGGUACGACUUGCUGAGACCUUCCUCUGUGCACAACAAACACGGCUCAGAGAAGAGUAAUCAUGAGAAGUCAUCAACUUGGGAUGAGUCUUCUUGGUCCGAGGCUUGUGAGACUCAUGACGAGUACUACGCUGAGUCCGAAGUCGAUGACGGUGAAGACAAAUGGGUUGACGACGAUGAAGGUGAAAUGGACGGUGGAGAUUAUGGGAUGAUGAAGGAAGAGGUAGAGAGGCUGAGGGAAGAGAAUAAGGUUUACAGUGGGAUUGUAAGGGAGAAAGAUGAAGAGAAGAGAGAAGCUAUAAGGCAGAUGAGUUUAGCGAUACAAAUGCUCAAAGAAGAGAACUCAGAGCUCAAGAGAUGUGUUUCUUCCGUCGUUUCUCAGAGGAAGCAACAGAUGUGGAAGCCGUUUGAGUUUAAGAAGCUUGAAGGGUUGUUUGGGAGAGUAGUGGGCAACUGGGUCGUCCCAAAGACAGAGUCUACCGCUUCCAGAGAGCUCAUGACUCUUUAAAAAAAAAGAAACAGAGAGGUCUGUGUGAUCAGAGCAACUUUCCCUAAAUAUCUUUGUACUAUGUGACAUGUAGGGUAUACUCGAGUAGUCAGUGGUAAGGCUUCAUAGGAUUAUAGUUAUAGCUAAGUCUAUGCAUGUUUGUUUUACAUUUUGAUGUAGUUUUUACUUUGCUUAUUUAUUCGUUCUUUCGUUUGGAAAUCAUUUUUUUGUUCU